AUGCCCUCUUCAGACGACGGUGUAUACGGAGUGGAGUACUUUCGGAGGUCAAAAUCUUCGGAGCUUUCGGAGGCCGUUGUUAUAUCAUGUGAUAUGUGGAUGUCGGUUCAAUGGGAUGUGAUUGGCUUCACGUCACUCCAGCAAGAGGAGCUUGGUUUCGACUCUGCCCGUUCAUUGCCAAUGGCGACCCGCCUCGGGAUCCCCACUUCCCUUUAA